AGUAUUCAGACGUUGACUGUUUGGCUCAUCCUUGACCGGAGUCGAAAUUGGCUUUCUGCUGCAUGUUGCAGACAUCACCGGGCUAAUGAAAUAAUUAUUGCACCGGCGAAUAUGAACUAUGUGAUGUGAGGACUCCUUACUUUCAUCCUUAUUGGGACUCAGCAUGGCGCAGGGGGAGGACAAACACAGCCUGGAGGCGAAAUUUGUUGCAGCAGUUAAAGUGAUCCGGAGUUUGCCUGAAGAUGGUCCGUUCCAGCCGUCUGAUGACAUGAUGCUGAUGUUCUAUAGUUACUACAAGCAGGCUACCAUGGGGCCCUGCAACAUCCCCAGACCUAACGGCUUCUGGGACACUCAUGGGAAAGCUAAAUGGGAUGCAUGGAGCUCUUUAGGAAAUAUAACAAAGGAGGAAGCCAUGAAGAAUUAUGUUGAGGACAUCCAGAUGAUUUUGGAGACCAUCCCAAUCUCAGAUGAAGUGUCUGAGCUGGUAGAGAAGCUUGGCAACUUCUACACUGAGAUAGACGGAGAAGAAGAAGUAGAAGCUGAAGAAAAUGAGGUGGACAGGAGACCCUUCAUCAGGCCUUUUGCAAAUCAUGCAGAUGAGCUGGUCAGACAGUUUAAGAAGCCAACAAUGGAAGGCUAUGGAGAUCUGUGGGAUGAUAUACAGAACCUGCAAGAAAAUGACAGCAGUGUUCAUGGCAUAAGUGGCAGUAGCGAGGAGGCAGAGGGAAGCAAAGAAAAUAGUGACAUGGAGAGAAAAGAGGAAAGUAGUGAUUGGAGGAAAAGUGAGGAAGAGGAUAAUGGGGAUGAAGAAGACAAUACAGACGAUGAAGAUGAGGAGGGGGAAGAGGAAAAAGGCUGGAGGCCUGACCCGACGCUGCUGAUGGUGGACAAGAGGUGGCGGUCUGACACCAGGGGGUCCAGCAGCAGCAUGGAGCCCAGCAUAUCCUCCUUUACUAACGGGACACACAGCUCCCUCAACAGCGAGGUGGAGGAGGAGGAGCUGGCCUGUUCCAUAGAGCCUGCCAGUGUGCAGAACAACCCCUACAUGCACUUUAAUGGACACCUGAGUGGUCAUAGUGAUGCUGCACCUGAGAAGAACCGCCGAUCCACAGACUCCGAUAACGAGGAAUUCUGUGACUCAAUGGAGCAUCUCGCCAUGGAAGAGGGGCUGUCUACAUCAAAAAUCCAGACACCUGGAUCAGCAGCUGCCUCGGUGAGGCAAAGGGAUCUUUGGUUUGAGAGCAACACUACCCUGAAUGCAGGAGAGGAUCAAGUGCUCAUGGGAGAUUCUUACUUUAAAGAAGGGAUUAGUUCAUGCAACAACAGCUCCUUGUCAAGAAGAGGGAGAGGGUCACAGUCACCAAGGGCUGCCUGCGGCUCUCAGCGGUGUGCCAGCGUAGAUGCGGCCUGCUGUUGUGUGUCACAGAGAAGACAUCCUGUCAGUGCUGCCAGGGGAAACAUCAAUGAGCAAAUAGCUACCGCUCUGCUGAGGCUGCAGCAUGACAUGGCCACGGUGUUGCACAGGCUGCACGCUCUGGAAGCGCUCACAGUGUCACAGUCAAGACCAUCUUCACCAAUGCAGGAGCACUUCCUCGCUGUAGCACAAAAGUUCCUGAGACCGUCAUGGUGGCCUUUUGAAUUCUCUCCACUCACAGUGGUGUUGACCACACUCUGGCCUGUGGUUGCCCAUUGGCUUGUCCAGCUUUACUUACAACGGAGGAGAAGGAAAAUCCCAUGAUUUGUCUGAAAACCAUCGGCAUCAUUCAAAGAACAUGACGCUGGGAUGAAAUUGUUGCACUUUUGUUGCUUUGUGGCAUUUUCAAGCCACCACCACAGACAGAGUAUAAUGAGACACCGGUAGAAAUGGAAAGGCUAGCUUUGAUAAAUGAAUGGUCAGAUAGGUGUGUAAAGGGCAAUAUAUCUGCAAUAUAUAGUAGCAUUUUGACUUCAUGGAUACUUUUUAGGUGUUUAAGAAAGGGAAAAUUUGUGCAUUAUACAUGCUACAGUGAGCUUAGCAUUAGGUGGUGAUCUCAUUUAUGACAUGUCUCACAGAUCACCAGGAGUCAACUUUGAAUUGAAAUUCAUUCAUAAUCAUACAGUAGCUGUGGAUCUUAAGCGAUGCCCCAUUGUCAUUGCUAGUUAUUUAAUUUAAUGCACAUUUCAUUUUUUAUUUAACUUUCCUUCAUGUUUUUGUCAAACAAUGUUUUUUUUCUAAUUAUAAAGGACUUUUAUAUAUAGAUUGUUCAAAAUAUAGUAAUAUUUAAGGUGCAUUUCUUUUUAGACCAAAUAGACAUGGUGCCCAAUAUUGAUAUUUAUGUGUAAAGGUGUAUAUUUAUUUUAUGGCUUCAGUAUUUAUUCUUGUCACAUGUACAGUGAAAAUGAAAGAUUCUCUGUUAAAGCAAGGAUGUGGUGCUUUCAUAAAUACAGUUGUUAAAACAAUUAUAUGAAACAAAUGUUAACAUGCAAUAAACACAUUCUUGGGACA